CGGCUUGAGCUCCUGUCCAUCCUCUCCAGAAAUAAAUAUCCACAUAUCAUCACUGCCAUGAGUCUGAGGAGCAAACGCAGCACCCGCCCAGGACUACACAGGUCCUCAGGGGGCUUCAGUACCAGGUCCAUGGGAUCCAACUCCUUCUCCAAGAUCAACAGUGGACCACAUCAGGCAGCCAUGAUUACAGCCGUGACCAUCAACAAGAGCUUGUUGAACCCGCUGAUAAUAGACAUUGAUCCCAAUGUCCAUGCUGUCCGCAACCAGGAGAAAGAGCAGAUCAAGAGUCUCAACAACCGCUUUGUUUCAUUCAUUGAUAAGGUGAGAUCCCUAGAACAGCAGAACAAAAUGUUAGAAACCAAGUGGGAGCUGCUGCAGGGACAGACUGAAGCCUCCUCUGAUGUGGAGCCCAUGCUGAAGUCCUACAUCAGCAAUCUGCAGAGACAGCUGGAGUUCAUCAACAAUGACAGACAAAGACUGGACAUGGAGAACAAUGUCAUGCACAAAAAUGUGGACGACUACAGGACCAAGUAUGAGCAUGAGAUCAACCAGAAGAAUGAUGGAGAGAAUGAGUUUGUCAUGCUAAAAAAGGAUGUGGACGCAAGCUACAUGUCCAAGAUAGAUCUAGAAGACAAGCUGUCCUUGAUCAGUGAUGAGUUUAAAUUCCUCCAGGCUCUGUAUUACACGGAGCUGCAUGAGCUUCAGGACAGCCUGAAGGAGACCUCUGUGGUGGUGCAGAUGGACAACUCCCGCGGCCUGGACAUGGAACAGAUCGUGGCUGAUGUUAAGGCUCAGUAUGCAGACAUUGCCGCCCGCAGCCGCGAGGAAGCUGAAAGCUGGCACAAAAACAAGUUUGACCAGAAGAAAGCUGAGGCCGACCAGUAUAGCAAUGAGCUGCGUAGCUCCAAGGGGGAAAUAUCUGAGCUCAACAGAAUGAUCAGCCGCCUGCAGAACGAGAUCCUAGCUGCAAAGGCACAGCGUGCUAACCUUGAAGAGCAGGUAGCCGAGACAGAGCUUCGUGGUGAGGAGGCUGUGCAGGAUGCCAAGGCUCGCAUCAGGGACCUGGAGCUGGCUAUGCAGAGGGCUAAGCAGGAUAUGGCUCGGCAACUCAGAGAGUACCAAGAGCUCAUGAAUGUCAAGCUGGCCCUGGACAUAGAGAUCUCCACCUACAGGAAGCUGCUGGAAGGAGAGGAAGAAAGAAUUGGACAGGACUCUAUUCUCAGCAUCCAAACAAUGCCCACAAAAGCCUACCCAGUUCACAACCAACUCCAGCGAAGGUCAAGCGCAAUUCUCGUCAAGACAACGGAGACUUCUGACAGAAUGUACUAAAUAGCGAAGAUAAUACUAAAAACAUAAUUCAGUGCCGCAACCUGCUGGAUAACUUUGGACAUUUUAUUCUGACGUUAACAUCAGGCUGUAAUUUAUAAUAAGUUACUUGCAGCACUUAGCCAAAUCUGUUUGUCUAUUGUGUAAUUUCCUUCUCAUUGUAUUGAAUUUCACACCAUCUGCCUCUUUCUGUGUUAAAAAUAAAGACGUACUCAACUGCA